UCGUAGAACAAUAAUAAAAAAUCAUGCAGUUCUUCUUUCUUUGUGUGCUCAGUCUACUGGCAUUAUGUAGCGGGGAUUUCCACAUUAGUGAGUGCAAUACCUGCACUAAAAUUGACCCACCCAAUAUCGGACCCAAUAUCGGACCCAACAUUGCAGAAAGAGGAAAAUUCUACAUUGCUGAUUGCAAAAACUGCACUAACGCUACUGGGUACUGGCCCAGCAUUCCAGAUGUUGGUGGGCUAAAUUAUCCAACGGCUGAACAUACGGUCAGACAUACCGGACAUAGGCAUAAAGGAAUGCGUAGACAUAGAGGAAUGCGUAGACGAUUGUCCAAUCAGGAGAACAUGUCAGGAAUAUCCAAUAACGGAGAAAAUUUUUUACCAAAUGCUGACGGACCAUUUUCCGGAGAGUUUGACGAUUCGUUCCGCAAUCGAAUGAAAAGAGCGACGUUCGCACGGUUGAGUAAACCGUCGAGCCAACAGACGACCCAUCCCUAAGAAGUUUCUCUUUAAGUGUUUUUUCGUGUCAAAAUAACAUAAAAAAAAUAUUAAGGGGAUAUUAACUUUGUGAAAAUUUA